AUGUCUGAGUCUUUCUAUCCAAUACUUGACUCUGCUUAUCGACGACGAGAUGAAGAAGUAGAAGAAUGUGCUGUCCAUUUAGAAUGUUCUGUCAACACAGACGACAGAAUCACAGCAGGUGAAAACUUCUCGGAUCAUAUUCUACUGCCAAGUUUAUUGACUAAUUCAAGUAAUGGAAAAUUACGACCGUAUGCAAUUUGUGCACCAACUCAAAUUAAUUCAAUUACAUCAAAGUUUUAUACAGAUGCACCAAAGUUACCUCCGUAUUUUUCAUUCACAUCACCGAUUCCAACAACAGCAGCAACAAUUACAACACAGACAUCGAACAGUACUUCUGACAGCCAUAAUAUUAUUCGUAACAAUGAUAGUCAAAACACGAAUUAUUCACAUUGUGGUACAACGAAUCCUCCCCUGCGAUCCACAAAUUAUGAUACAUCAAGAUUUACAUUGCAAAAUGAUAAAACUAAUAAGUCGCUAAAAGUAAACGAUGAUACAUCAGAUUUCCUAGGGAAUAAUUCAUUCAGUUUCAACAGUUCAAUGUCCAAUAGUUCUGUGAGUAAUCAUAUUAGUGCAAUUAAUCGUUCAACUAAUUGUAAUUCAAGGGAUAAAAUGAAAAAACGUCGUAACCGAACUACCUUCACAAGUCAUCAGCUGAAUGAAAUGGAAAGAAUAUUUCAGGUGAAUGGUUUUUUAAUAGUUUUAGAAACAUUUAGUAUAUGUCAUCGUGAUUUAUGA